AUGGCUUCUCAUUUCCUUGGCCUUCCGACCGAGCUUCGCUUCCAGAUUUACACCUAUCUUUACACUGGCGAGAGAGCCUGCUUCGGACAUCAUGGUCGACUACGCAAAGUCAAGGCGUCCGAUGAGACGCCCUCGAGAUUGGCAUUCGACGACACGCCCGCACUGUUCCUCGUGUCGCGACAUAUCGCCUCGGAAGCUCGAUCCGUCUACUUCUCCAACGUCACGUUACAAUGCGGUCUAGAGGGGAGGUCCGAAUCGCCACAACUCUCCAGAUGGCUCAUAAACAUCGGGGACGAGUCCAGCAAGCUGCUACGCCAUUUCGAGUUCCGCUGGGAUAACUAUGUCGACAUCGCCAUCGACCUGACCUUGCUCGCGUCUCACAAACGUGAGCAAUCUGCGGCUGCGACGAGUCUCUGCCCUUCCAAAUGUGUCAUGCCGGCGAUGGGUUAUGCAGAAUGUGACCCGACGUCCACCAAGACGCCUUGCGAAGCAUGUAAGAUGUGCAACGAUUCUUCAGCUGUUUUCGCCAAGGUCGGUCUUAACAGUAUACUAGACCAACCUCCGCUCGUUGCCAUCUCACACCCACCAGAGGAUGAUUGCCAGCUCAGAGCAGCAUCUCCGGAGUCGACCUUGUCCAGUGUUACAUGCGCAAUCCUCGACAGAGUGGAGACCACCACGCACGGCGAGGCGUCGCCGACCGUGCUUCAAUACGUGGAACACGAAUCGUGCCCGGAGCCCAUCACCUCUCCCCCGACCGGAGCCGUGUCUCCAGGUACCCAUGCCGUGGCCCUUCUGCCCUCAAUCCAGAAGCUCUUCGAGCCGCCCAGGAGCGUCCGCGUGGGCCACGGGCACAACGUGACGGUCCAAGGGAUGAACGAUGCCAGCCAACAGGACCUCUGGCGCGCGAUGGACACGCCCGCCUUCUGCGACCGUCUCUCGACCGCCAUCUCCAACCAUCUCCACGCCCUCCUGCAAGAGAAGACGGUGCCUUUCAUGACGGGCGGCGAGAUCACCCAGCUGGUCCGCGAAGUCAACCUACACGCAUCGAGUAUGAAAUGGCUGUUCUUUUGA